AUGAAUUUAUUGAUAUAAGUUCUUUUAAUGUUUGUUUUAAAAGCAGAAUUAGAUUAUCCAUAUAGUUGUGAUUGUUAGGAACAUGAUAAUUAAGAUAGUUGUGAAUAACAUAAAUGUUUAUGGGAUGAAAAUUAAAUUGGAACUAAGAAAUGUAGAGUUAAAGGUUGUUCUGAAAGAGGAAAUAAAGUAUUAAAUAAUGUUUAUCUUAAUUUAGGUUGCUGAAUGUGUUGCUCCAAGUUAAUUUUAUUCAACUAAUAGAACUUCUUGUUAUCCAUAAGGAAUAUAAACUGAAACAUGUGAACCAAUUUCAUCAUGUGAAGAAUUAGAUGUAUCAAAAAUAAGUCCAUCUUAUGCAAGACGUGUAUGUAAAGUUAAUUUUUGUGGAUAUAAUAAAACUUCUAAAGGAUGUAGAUCAGUUUCUACUUGUAGUGAUAUUACUACUGAAGAUGAAUGCAAUAAUUUAUUUAUUAAUGAACUUCCAUCUUUAUUUUAACCUAUUGCUUAUUGUUAUUGGGUAGGAGAUGUAUGUAUGACAUCUACAAGAUUUUUUGGAGCAUGUGAAAAUAGAAAUAUUAAAAAUAAGAAUUUAUGUAAGACUCAUGGUUGUUAAUGGAAGGAUAAUAAUUGUGUAAAUUUAAAUUGUUCUACAAUUACAACAGAUCUUUGUUCAAAAGAACAUAUUGAUUCAUUUGGCAAUGUUCAUAUUUGUUCUUUAAAGAAUUCUUAAUGUAAUUCAACAUUAUCUGCAGAUAUAAGAAAGGAAGACUGUGACAAAAUGACAGCUCAUACUUUUGAUGAAGCAGCUUAAAUUUGUAAACCUUGCAAAUCACUUGCUAAAUAUUUAGAAAAAUUAGCAUCUUAAUAAAUUAUUACAGAAUCCUAUAAUAUUAUACUUAUGCUUCACAUAAUAAUGAUUGCAAUAAUAUGA